GCUCUACAGAUCAGCCGCCAGAGGUCACUUGCGAGCCACGCCCCACUCCGCAGCCCCCGGUGACAGUUCUGGUCAUGUGACCCUAAACUUUCCCAGCGUUCUGUGCGAGUUCAACAUGGCGGCCUCCAUGAGGCUUGUGAGGGCGCUGUGCGAACCUGGGCUUGCUGCCAUUCUCAGUCCGACCCGGUUGUUGCCACCUAUCACAGUUAUACCUGUAAGGACCAAGAAGAGAAUGUUUAAGCCGCCAUAUUUGCAUCAUAAGCUUACAGUGGAAGAAAUGACUAAGAAAGCUAAGGCUGCUGGCGUUGUGGUGCCAGACGAAACCUUGGAACGUCCCAUUAAUAUCUCCUGUACAGCUGGAAUACUUGAUGCUUAUGUGCCCCCUGAAGGUGAUGCCCGCCUGUCCAGUCUUUCCAAAGAUGGUUUAAAGCAGAGAACAGAGCAACUAAAACAGACAGCAGCCUCCCAGUUGGCGAUUCGUAAAAUAAAAAAUUAUGAUGAAGAUUUUAGCACAAAGACCUUUCUAGAAAAAGCUCAGGAAAUCUUCAUUGAAGCGCACAACUGCCUGACACAGUUUGAUCGUCAUAAGUUACACUUACUGGUGACAGAGCGUUGCUAUCCUGAGAUGGUGCGGGGUAACCGAUAUCGUACAAUACGUUGGUCUUUUGUGGAGUCAUUAGAGCCACCCAGAAUUGUGCAGGUUCGGUGUCCAGAAAUGGUUACAAAAGGGAACCUCUAUGGGCAAGUAACUGUCCGUAUGCACAGCAAACAGAUCUUAAUAAUUUAUGAUCGCUUUGGUCGGGUGGAAUGUGGGAGUGAAGAGCCACGAGAUGUUCUAGAGUACUUGGUAUUUGAGCGUCACCUGGUGAACCCAUAUGGGUCGUGGAGGUUGCAUGGCAAGAUAGUGCCUUCCUGGGCACCACCCAAAGAGCCCAUUAAAAAGACUGUGCUGUUACCAGGUGCAGAAUUGAAGCCUUGGCAGGAGCUGGAAGAUGUAGCUGUGGAGAAACAGGAACUCGCACCAAAACAGUGGUAUAAAUAAGGCACCGGCAGCUUCCUGUCUCGUGCAUUACAGUGGUCACAUGUGAGAGGUGUCAUUUAUGUCAUCACGUUCAGCCAUGGACAAUAUUGUAGCUGCCUCCGGUCAUGUACAGUAUACUGUUGUUAGGACAUCUAUUGUGUGCACAAUGGUAUGUGCCCUGGUAUCUGCAACUUUUGUAGUAAAAUUAAAUUUUGAGUUACUUUAAGACAGA